AUGCCGCUUGCCGGGGGCAGCGCGCUGCAGCCCCCUGGAGGGGCUCGCUCGCUCAGCCCCGCCGCCCUGUCCCGCAGUUUGUCCCGCCUGCGCGAGUAUCGGACCCGCUCCCGGAUCAUGCUGUCCCUGGGGGUCACCCAGAUGGUGCUCGGAUGCCUCAUCGUGGCCGUCAGCUUCGCUGCCCUGGCUCUCACGACCUCGGCCAGGGUCCGGCACUCCUGUCCCUUCUGGGCCGGCUUCUCGGUGCUGUUGUCAGGACUGAUUGGCGUUGUCUCAUGGAAAAGGCCUCUCUCACUUGUGAUAACCUUUUUCAUGCUACUGUCUGCAGUGUGUGUAAUGUUGAACUUGGCUGGUUCCAUUCUCUCAUGUCAGAAUGCUCAGCUGGUAAACUCCCUGGAAGGCUGUCAGUUGAUUAAAUUUGACAGUGAUGGUGUCUGUGUUUGCUGUGAAAUGCAGCAUCAAACAUCGGGCUGCAGCAACCUUGGAGAAACGCUGAAACUGAACCCACUGCAGGAGUGUAAUGUUGUGAGGCUGACCCUAAAGGAUCUGUUGUUCAGCGUGUGUGCUCUCAAUAUCAUCUCCACAAUUGUCUGUGCUUUGGCAACUGCAAUGUGCUGCAUGCAGAUGGUUUCUUCUGAUGUUUUGCAAAUGUUUCUGCCACAGAGGUCACAUUCCACCAACCCGGACUGUAUGACUCCCCAUGGAACUAUUCUGCAUCAGACCCUGGACUUCGAUGAGUUCAUACCUCCAAUACCACCACCACCCUAUUACCCACCUGAAUAUACCUGCGCACCUGUGAUGGAAGCACAGAGAGGUCUCCAUUUGGACUUUCCUCAUUCCCCCUUCAGUGCUUUAUAUGAGGUCACCAUUAACAGCCCAGGAAUGCUAUAUCCAACGGAGCUGCCCCCUCCUUAUGAAGCUGUGAUUGGACAGACCCCUGCUAGUCAGAUCACCGGUACAGCCCAGCAAGUGACUGAAUCCAGGUUGGGUGAGAGAAACAUGACAGCCGGCUUUAGCACACAAGUGUCUGUUGACAGUACCUCUCUUAUGGUCUCUGAGGUUGCUGAUAUCCCAGAUCAUAGUUACUCUUCAGAGGAUCUUUAUUCUCUGGAAGUUCAGGGGUCUCUUCGUUCCACAGACUUUUCUCCGUACAGUACAACCCACAAAGGCGCCACAAACAGGAGCUGCACCAGUUUGGAUCACAGCAUUCGCUCUGGGUUUCACAGGACUAACUCACAAUGUUCCCCUGAUGAGGAUGGACGUUCCCACAGCAGAGCCUCUAUGGACAAGUCUCAAGGCCAGGAAUAUGAGAACCAUGUUCAUGGCAGAGCCUUAGACUGCUCCUCAGAGAAUUUCAGCCCAUCAGAAAGAGAAUCCCAGAGCUCUGUUAAAGAAAACAAAGCCACGCCGCCCUUGAAACAAGUGAAAAUAUGUUGUGGGGUCUUUAACCAGCCUGCUGCUGUACACUCUCAGCCCUCUCCCUGUUCUGUGCCUGCAAGUACUUCAUCACUCUAUGGCUGCCCCGAGAGAACUGCCCAGCAGCAUUGCAUUAGAAAAUACGGCAUUCCAAACAUAGUCCGGUCUACUAGUGACCCUGUAUCAUGUUCAUCCAGCACAGAAGUUCCCGUUUGUAGUUCUCAUGUGGCUGCCUCUGCUUGCCAGGACUCUGUAAGCCAUUUCCCACCCACUGGAAAACAAAGAGAGACAAGGAAAAUUGACCUACAGUUAAAGCCAAAGGCCUUCAACACAAUCUCCAAAGAGCGACCGCACUCUUUAGUAGACCUUAAGGCCUAUAAAGACACAAAAAUUUUGGUGGCUAAAUUUUUGGAACAUUCAAAUUGUAAUCUCCCUCCAGAAGUGCGUCACGUUGUGAACAGCAUAAGAUCUGUAAUCAAAUCUGAUGAAAGACACAUGGAAGAAGCCAUCUUCAGUGCCAACAUUAUAGACCAGGUAAUUACAAGUUCCCAGCAGAAUGUGAAUACCUCUAGAAAACGACUUCAAGAAGAUCUUCACCUUCAGAGUUGUGGUGCUCUAAGUUCUCCAGUUGCCUUCUUACGCAGGUCCCACAUCACUCGCAGUUUAGAGCGGGACAGGCCACACAGUUUGAUUGGAGUUUGCCGGGAGACCAUCCUUUGA